CAUGUUGUACUUUUCUGUUGGAUGUGUCAAUUUGUGGUGUAUUGAUCGAUUUUUGUAAUGUAUUAAGUGAAAGUUCUAUUUAUUUGGUAUUGUGCUAAGUUAAAUUUUGUAACGUUUAUUAAUUGUAAGGAAUAAUAAACGAGUAUGGCUCCAAAGAAACAUCAUGAUACUAUUUUAUCAUAAUAAAUAUAAAUAAGAGUAAGAAUUUUACAAACCUUUGAUGAACACUUUGAAGUUCACAAAGACUGGAAACCAGGAGCUGUAUCUAAGAGGUUAUUACGAAUGCUCAAUAAAGCAAAAUUAAGAAAAUCGACUGUGGAGACAAUUAAACCUACUAGACGUACGAAGAAGAAAAUCGAAGAAAAGCCUACGCUUAAAAUUAGUAAAAUUGAUGGCAAGUAUCACAUAGAAAUGCAAGUUUCGCCUGAGAAAUUUGAAGAAAAUGUCGAGCGAUGUGAUCCAUUAAUUUAUGAAAUAGAAUCUGUUAAUAACAAAUCUAAAAUAAAGAAAAAAGAAAGAUUACAGAGGCGGCUCGUAAGAGCUGCCGUAAAGAAAGUUUGGUCAGACACGUACAAUCCUGACGCCUGUAAAAAUAUUUGUUUAGAUACGUAUGAGCGAGCUUUCUAUACUUUGCCUCUCGAGGGGAAUUACAAGGCUAUUGAAGAAGAAGUAGAGACCAUUAAUAGUUGUUCAUGUGAAGAUGAUAAAGUGAGCGUCAGUUGUUCCUCUUCUGAAGUAAAUUGGGAAAUACAUUUUACGCCACCCCUAACACGUUAUGAAGCAUUAAAACAGGAGAAGAAAAAUGAGUUGCUCGUUAAUUACGUAUGAUUUAUUUGUCUGUGUUAAGAGAUUUAGACAAUUACAAUAUGUGUUUUAAUAAAAUUCACUAUGUA